AGAUCAAAGGCUUUUACACAGACCCUACAUGGACUCAGAGAGCUGACCACAGAGUACUAGAGUUAGACUUGCACCAUUCUCUUAUGUUUUCUGUGUCUCAUACUAAAUUAAAGAGAAGAGAGGUGCAGAAUUCUAAGGCUAAAUAGCCAGAAAUAUUCAUCCAAACUUGGAUGUUCUUCAAAGAGUGUGCGGGCCAUUCUAAUUAGAGGAAGAAACACACGGGGAGCAAAACCCAGAUGUUUUCCACAAGAGUUCUCCUUCUGGCUGUUUCGCUUUCCACUGCACUGGCUGGGCCAUGGGCAAGUAUAUGUGCUGGCAAGUCUUCCAACGAGAUCCGGACAUGCGACAGCCACGGCUGCGGACAGUACUCUGCUCAAAGAAAUCAGAGGCCUCACCCUGGUGUGGAUGUCCUGUGCCCUGAUGGGUCUACCGUCUUCGCGCCAUUCACCGGAACCAUUGUGGGCCAGGAGAAACCAUACAAAACCAAAAACGCCAUCAACAAUGGUGUUCGCAUUUCCGGGAGAGGUUUCUGUAUCAAAAUGUUCUACAUCAAGCCAAUUAAGUACAGAGGUUCUAUCAGAAAGGGAGAAAAGCUGGGGACACUGCUGCCCUUGCAGAAAGUGUACCCCGGCAUACAAUCGCACGUACACGUGGAGAACUGCGACGGGAGUGACCCCACUGCGCUCCUCUAACUGGGAGUCGAGACCCAGACCUCCAAAACAGAAGCUGUCUUCUUAAAAACCCAGCCGUGUAUCGUACUUCCCAAGGAUUCAUGCAGGAAAUAAAGCAGCAUUUAGGCUUCAA